AUGGGGCGGGCGGCGGGCGAGGGGCGGGGCCGCCGCGCCGCCGGGGCGCGGGCGAGGGGCGGGGCCGCCGCGCCGCCGGGGCGCGGGCGAGGGGCGGGGCCGCCGCGCCGCCGGGGCGCGGGCGAGGGGCGGGGCCGCCGCGCCGCCGGGGCGCGGGCGAGGGGCGGGGCCGCCGCGCCGCCGGGGCGCGGGCGAGGGGCGGGGCCGCCGCGCCGCCGGGCCGCGGGCCAGGGGCGGGGCCGCCGCGCCGCCGGGCCGCGGGCCAGGGGCGGGGCCGCCGCGCCGCCGGGCCGCGGGCCAGGGGCGGGGCCGCCGCGCCGCCGAGCCGCGGGCCAGGGGCGGGGCCGCCGGGCCGCCGAGCCGCGGGCCAGGGGCGGGGCCGCCGGGCCGCCGAGCCGCGGGCCAGGGGCGGGGCCGCCGGGGCGCGGGCGAGGGGCGCGGGCCGCCGGGCCGCCGGGCCGCGGGCCAGGGGCGGGGCCGCCGGGGCGCGGGCGAGGGGCGCGGGUGAGGGGCGCGGGUGAGGGUUGCGGACGAAGGGGCGCGGGCUACCGGUUCCAAGCGCGGGCGCGGGCCUCCGGGGCUUGA